AACGGCGUGGGGACACUCGGGACCUCAACUCCUGGGCGCUUAAAUCCAAAACCCUGAAAUCUUCUCCGCGACCUCGUCGUGACAUCCAUGGCUGCCUUUCCCGCGUCAACAAUUCUUUUAUUCUUUUCUCUUCACCAACUUCAUCUCUUUCGUGCUGAAUUCAUCAACCGCAGCGCCACCUGACCCAUUCAAUCCCCAAAUCAGCUCCAUUUUCUCUCUCUCUCUUUCUUUCAUGUCUGACUCCUUCGGCAGGUUCCGUCGCGAUGCUCAUCCCUCUCGUCUUCGCGCUCCUUCUCUGGCUCCCGAUUUCGACUUCACAAUCGCUCAGAGGUGUGUUUCUUGAUUGCGGGGCGAGCAUUUCUUCGACACUCUCCGCCGUUGAAUGGGUUCCGGACAGUGGUUACAUCUCCGCCGGCGAAUCCAAGGUUGUCCCAAUAUACGGCCUACUGCCAACACUCACCACUGUGCGAACAUUUCCUCUGCAGGGGAAUGUUUUCAAGAAGUUUUGCUACGAAGUUCCGGUGGACCGGACAAAAAAAUACAUGGUGAGGACAGCCUACUACUAUGGAGGAGUCAAUGGGAAUGAUCUUCCCCCGGUUUUUGAUCUUAUGGUCGAUGGAACAUUCUGGACUGCUGUCAAUACCACAGAGGAUUAUGCUGCUGGAAAUUUGAGUUAUUACGAGGGAAUAUUUCUACCAGCUGGGAAGAAUUUGAGCGUUUGUUUGGCUGCAAAUACAUAUACGGAUUCUGAUCCUUUCAUAUCUGCGCUGGAGGUUGUGCCAUUGUUGGAUCAGCUGUACAAUUCGACUGAUUUUAAAGUUAAUGCGAUGACUUUGAUGGCGAGGAAUGGUUUUGGUCACGAUGGACCGGUGAUUGGAUAUCCCGAUGACCAAUUCAAUCGCUACUGGGAACCAUAUGGACGAGAUGCAUUUCCUCAAUCGACUUCUCAAAAUCUUGGUCUUUCCGGAAUCUGGAAUCUGCCCCCUCCAAAACUGUUUCAGACACGGCUGGCAAGAAACCUGCCCGAACCCCUGACAUUACUUUGGCCGAUGAAGUCUAUACCAAGCGACAAACAUUAUUACAUUGCGCUCUACUUUGCGGAUGACCAAACUUCGUCUUCUUCCAGGAGCGCGAGAAUCUUAGACAUAACCAUAAACGGCAUUGCAUAUUACAAUAACCUGAGCUUAACUCCAGCUGGAGUCGUCGUUUUUGCAAACGAUUGGCCUCUUUCCGGAGAUACUAAUUUGACCCUGAGCCCGUCUCCUGGAUCAACUGCUGGCCCUCUUAUCAAUGCUGGAGAGGUUUUUCGAUUGAUUCCUGCUGGAGGGAAAACGCUCGCGCGUGAUGUGAUUGCUAUGAUAAAUUUAAGGAAAAGCUUUCUGAACCCUCCGGCUGAUUGGAAUGGCGAUCCGUGCUUACCUAAUCAAUAUCCGUGGACUGGAGUUUCGUGUUCUGAAGGACCUCGGAUUCGAAUUGUUUCCCUGAACCUAACCGGCAUGGCUAUUUCAGGAUCGAUCUCGCCUAGUAUUUCCCGGAUGACAGCACUGAACACAAUCUUGCUUGGAAGCAAUAGCUUAUCGGGUGCUAUUCCGGACAUGAGUUCAUUGAAGGGAUUGCAGAUCUUGCAUUUGGAAGACAAUCAGUUAACCGGAAUGAUUCCUCCUUCGCUAGGAAACUUGCAAAAUUUGCGAGAACUUUUCUUGCAAAACAACAACCUAACGGGGCAAGUCCCGAGCAACCUCAAAAGCAAACCGGGAUUGAUAAUAAGGUAUAGUCCCGGGAACCCGUUGUUGAUUCCAUAGAGUAUUCCUUUGUUCCCCUUCGUCAUUCUUUGCUUGGCGUCGAAAAUUGCCCGAAAUUUUCCAUGUCUAUAGUCCAUCGAAGAUUUGUUUGUGGUGUGAGUCGCUUUUGUAUCUAUUCGAUGUUCUUUUGUUUCGAAGGUUUGUCGCGAAAAAAAAUAAUUUUAAGUAAGUUUUUCUUUCUUUUUUUCCUAGAAAUUAUGUAUCGAAUGUUUCUUCGUGUAACUUUUCACUUGGUUCAAUUUGUAAAUAUUUGUAGCUUCU